CCUUGCACUUGCUAGGCAAGCGCUCUACCGCUGAGCUAAAUCUCCAACAGGUAGCAUUUUUACUCCACAAGCAACACACUUCCCUGUGGACAAAACAUCGGAGAACUGGAGCUACUCAGCUUUCAAGUGCCGGCGUCUCCAAGCAGUGGAAUGGCCCCGGGUGAAUUCCAGAGCAGAACCGGAGGGGAAGAGUAGGACUGUAGCCUAUGGAAGAAGGUGACCCAGCCCUGCCGCUCCUGGUUGUGGAGAACAUGGCCCCUCUGUCUGGUUCCUCCCGCCUGAGUAACUCCCGGUGGGACCCACCUGCUCCUAAGCCCUCCCGUGGAGCCCAAUUUCUUCUGCUGACCAGAAGAUCUCGGAAUUCUCUGCUGCCCGGACACACUGUGUAUUCCCUGACCACAGUUCCUAGGUGCAAGGGGAGAAGGGCUUUGCCAAAAGGUGACUUUAUUUGGGGUUUCCAUCUUAAUUCUGACCACACGCAAGUAUGGGCCUGUGAGCGAAAGCCAGCCUGUUUUCAUAUAGCCUGCGGGCUAAGAAUGGUUUCACAUUUUUUAAAAUGAUUGUUUUUAAAAAGCAAGAAUGUUUCAUGACACAUGGAAAUGAUGUGAAAUUCAUAUUUUAGUACCCAUAAAUAAAAAAGAGUUAAGGACAGAACUUCAGGGACCAUCAGUAGAGAUGAGCUGAGAGGGUCCAGUCGGUGAGGGAGAGAGCAGCAGGAGAGGCCUGAGAAGCGUGGGGGGCGAGGGCAGGGCAGAGCUGAGCCUUGUUCAAGAGGUUUUCCUGGCAGCCAGAGAGGCUUUCUAUCUGUUCCUCACAGAAAGUUUGCAGACUCUGGUUUAGAAUCCCAGGUGGGUGGCUGGGGUUUUGGCUCCCAGAUAGAAUGCUUGUCUAGGGUGUGUGAGCCCUGGGUUCCACCUCCAGAACUGUAAGAAGGCGGUUGUGUAGAGCAGCAGAUGGCUGUGUGCCCUGGGUCUCUCCCGUAGAGUGCAAGCCAUCUCCAGACUGUCCCCAGCCCUGAAACUGGCUCCUCAUCCAGACGCCUAGGAACAGGCACACCACACAUCGCUGUUCCACACUCGGAGCCGUACUGUUGUUUUGUUCUGCAUUUGGCUACAGUUGCUACUGUGAGGCCUUGAAAUAGGGCCCAGGUUUGGCAUGUCUCAGAAGCACUGACCAGACCAUGUGAACAAAGAUGAAUUGCUUGGGUUACUUAAUUGUUGCAUUAGAUCUUCCUCACUGCCUCCCCCUCCCCCUCUUUUCUCUAUCAAACUUGAAGCAUACACAGCAACAGUUUCUUCCUCACCUCCCACUCCUCAGCCCACCGCAAUCUGGAGUUGACUCCUACUACAAUCCAGAGGGUGUUCAGUCAUGCAUCCUUCAUCUUGUAAUUUUUGCCAGAGCGGACCCUCCUCAGCCCUCCUGCAUUCAGGGUGGCGCUGGGUAAUGCCGGCUUCACCCCCCCCCCCAAGCUUCUGUCACCUGCUGCUGCUCUGUUUCUCUCCCUAGGUGCUCCUGGCACUGCCAGAUUCGCGGGGAUUGGCAGUGGGAGUCUCUCUCUCUCUCUCUCUCUCUCUCUCUCUCUCUCUCUCUCUCUCCUCUCUCUGCUGCACCCACCCUCCAGGACUAGGUCUCCCUCCUGGCUUUCCUGGCUGUCUUCCCUGCAGAUUCUGCCAGCAGGAGGCACUGGCAAAAGAUGGAAGGAAAACCCAGAAACUUCCUGCUUCAGUCUCCGAUCCGGUGAUUGACAGUUGUGGCCCUUGGUGUGGUGGCAGCCAUGCCAGGACUCUGGACAACAGCCUCCCAGGAGAAGCUCCUUCUUCAGGAUCCUGUGCCUGGUGGCAGCUUCUCAGAAUAUGUCUCCACAGGGCAACUGCAGGCUGAAGUUGAUUCCAAGUACUGACCUCUGGAAGAUGCAAUGCAACCUAAGAGAGGCCAGCUGGAAUUUGUAGCCCCCGCGUUCCGAGUGAUUCGGCCUCGUUAUGGCGUUCUGCCGCCAGGCGGCGCUGCUCUGGAGACCCAGACAGCCACCUGCUGGAGCAGGGCCUUCCACCAGGAGGCAGAGGUCCCCAGAGCCGCCCUUCUUGGCCCAGCCUCCCCGCCCGGCUGGCCCAGAGUCAAGUCUUCAAGAGGUGGCUGGCCCCAAGCCUCUCCUUAGCGACUGAUGAUGUCAAAUUCUACACUUCUGUGAUUGGUUUAGCCGAAAUGAGACAGACAGCAAUUGGAGAUGCUCUGUGGAAACAUGAUGUGGAUCUGGAAGGGAGCUGGGCACCCGGGACUCAGUGGUAGCUCUCAUUUACUGAGGGUGUAAAGGUAUGGACAAUGAGCAGAAGCCAGGAGCCGGGCUGCUGCAGCUGCUGCAGUUUCUGUGGCUGCUCCCCCACACCUGGGCGGGGCCCGAAGCUCCUCCUCCGGUGUGGUGGGAUGGCCUGCAAAACCACACGUUCCGGCACACUGUGUUCUGCCAGGACGGGAACCCCAGCAUAGGGCUGUCUGAGUCCUAUGAUGAAGACCAGCUCUUCACCUACGACUUCUCCCGGAACACCCGAGUACCCCGGCUGCCCGACUUUGCAGGCUGGGCUCAGGAACAGGGAGACGCCUCUGCCAUUUCAUUUGACAAGGACUUCUGUGAAAUAUUGAUCCAGCAAGUGGGCCCGAAGUAUGAAGGGUUAAUCCCAGUGUCCAGAGGUUUGCCUGUGCCUGAGGUGUUCACACUGAAGCCCCUGGAGUUUGGCAAGCCCAACACGCUGGUCUGCUUCAUCAGCAAUCUCUUCCCGCCGACCUUGACUGUGACUUGGCAGCAUCACUUCAAACCCGUGGAGGGAGCCAGCCCCACGUUCAUCUCGGCCAUCGACGGGCUCACCUUCCAGGCAUUCUCUUACUUAAACUUCACACCAGAACCCUUUGACCUCUACUCCUGCCUCGUGACACAUGAGAUUGACAGCUACACACCAAUUGCCCACUGGGUACCCCAGAACGCCCUGCCUUCAGAACUCCUAGAGAAUGUGCUGUGUGGUGUGGCCUUUGGCCUAGGUGUGCUGGGCAUCAUCAUGGGCAUUGCCUUCUUCAUCUGGUCCCAGAAGCCUUGCUCAGUUGACUGAUUCUCGACCAGAGCUUGGAACAGCACAGGCCUUGCCCGCAGGGAUACCCACGCUUCUCGUGCCUACCCAGGCCUCUCAUUGGAGCAGAAGUCCCUGGGACUCCGCAGGAUGUGUGCCAGUGUGCAGGUGUCUCGGCUGAGGGUCUGCUGUCCCUGGACUUGCAUCCAGAACAGCCCGGAUCAGGAGCCUAGGGCAGCACCCACCACCGCCUCAUGCCUUCCCACUUCAAAGAAAUAAACCUUAUUUCUUAACAUUA